UUAUAAAUACAUUUCAGGUUUCUUUCUAGAUUACUUUUUAUCUAGCUGCUUAUAUCCCAAUGUAAUGCACUUCAUUAGGCUAUUUUCAGGAUGCAUUGCUAUUUCAUCUUUUCCAAUGCAAUCUCAUCUGGGACUUCGGUGUCCUGUCACACCCUGGGUAGCUGUUGUGGUCAUUUAACACACAAUUAAUAUGGUUAUCUAUAACUGUGAUCCAAAAGUAUUCACUAAUGAAACUGCUACUGCACAAAAGAUGAGAACAAUCAUCAAUAUGGAAGGGCCAGGCUGUUGUAAAAGGGGAAUGAGAGAAAGAGCAGAGAUUGAAAUAACAUGGGAAUACCGUAUAGGAAUGCAAAAUGCAGCACUAAAUGGGAACAGUUCUGUAGUAUUUUAAAAUGCUUUCCUUUGGAUAUUUACUUUAGUGGACCCCGCAGGUCUGUUUAACAGGCCUUAUUGACACAUGUAAAACUGUCUAUAGGAUUUUUUUGUAUAUUAUGAUCUAAAUGUUGUCUUGGGUUCAGUGCUUAAAGUUGUGGGAACAGUCAUGGCUCUUUCUGGGAGAUAGCACCUCUGGAGUGAGCAGCUUCCUGACUUGAAUAGUUUGGAAUAAGUUCACCAGUUUUACUUCUGUUCCAUAAGAAGGCAAAGAAGAUGGUAGGGGCUCUUUUAGAGAAGACUGAAAACUGAGGCAGCUAGCAACACCAAGACAGCAGAUUGUUAUUUCCUCUGCCUUAACUGAGAAUGACAAAUAAUACUCCAUGUUGUAUUAUUGGAAGCAGUAAAUGACAGUGAGUAUUGCAUACUAGCACCAGCCUUAGGUGUAGAGAAAAAAUUUCUCAGACCUUGGUAAUUCUGUGCUUAAAGUUGUGGGAACAGUCAUGGCUCCUUCUGGGAGAUAGUACCUCUGAAGUCACUAUCCUUAGGGAGCAUCAUGAGAGGGAGUGAGCUUGUGCAGUGAUUGGCAGGGUAUCCAAAGACAUUUACUAAACUUCUGGACAAGCACCUCUUCAGCAUAACUUGUCCAACUGCCUGAUGAACAAUACAUGCAAACCUGGAGGUUGUUUGGUGUCUCAGGAGUACUUGAAAACAGUACUUUGAUGAGUGAUGCUGUCCCAGAAAUCGACAUGAUUUGUAAUUCAGAGACAUCCCUGCUGCCCUGCUUUAGUGUCAGUGUUGACUUUGUAUUCUGUUGUGUUUGGACCACAUAGACCUGGUCUGUUAUUUCUUCCAACUUCGAACAGCAACCUGCCUCAUUAGGAGUCAAUCUGCUGUACAUUCUGAUAAGAUUGCUGUGGAAAAGCAAAUACCAUCUAAGUUGGAACUUGGCUCUUGAGCUUUAGCUGAGCUCCACAUGAAGCAUAAAAUGUAUUUCUCUGUUUAAGUUAAAAUCAUGGAUUAUCAGGUUUUCAUGGUAAAAUGUUAAGAUCUGGAAACAGGACUCUGUUAUCAUAGAAGUUUUGGCAACUCGGGAAACUAUCUUCAAAAUAUAGUAUAAUGAGAAAAAAUGGAUGAACUUGAGUGUAGCAGAGAGAACUUCACAUAUAAUUGGAUAGAUCUGACCUGCACCAUCGCCUUUGUCUUUUCUGCUCUUUCAGGAGAGACCAAGUUUCUGUGGAAAUUUUUCCCUGGGCAGUUUCACACAGACUGAUAACAUGUCCUCAAUAAAAAGUGAAGAUACAUUUUAUCAUUUCUUCUUUAUGGAGCCACUAGAAUAACUAACACUUAAGGUGUUUGUGCUCAGAUAAUAGGAGAUAGAACAUUUUGUCUCUUGGCUUUUUGGACCAAACUAGGGUCAUUUGGUUGAAGAAUAGAGAUUUUAGAAGCCUCCAUAUAAAGUGUGUGCUUCUUGGUUAACUCUCUUCUUAAUCUUCUCUACUUGGUGCAAGUGGAAAAUGCUCAUUGUUCAGGUUCUCUCACUUCAGCCUGUUUUACUCCAAAACUGUUUGACUACUUUGUUCACCUGUGUCUAAAGUUGAUGUGAAUUUAUGUCACAACUGUUAUGGCUUGGGAUUAAUGGUGCUCUGUCCAGUCAGUUUUUAGGUUCCUCUUGGGUUUGAUGCUGAAUAUUCCCAGCAUAAGGAAGGUUGAUGAAUAUUAUUGAUCAUUUAGUAUGAAUGAUUUUUGGUCAUUUAUAUAAAGAGUUCUAGCUGUGAAUUUUCACAGAGUUGAGAAGACCCUUGGCCUCUUGGAUUUUAAGAGAAAAUCAUACGGAUUCACGAGCUUCUUGAGCUAAUUAAUGAAUUUUAAUUUUGUUUUGGCAAGAUGUGAUCCAGUUUUAAUGGUGGUUUCUGGAAAGUUUCUUAGGUGUUUUGCACCCAGAGCCUGAAGUUGUAGGUGAUUUGUGCAUUGUCAGAUUUAAUUUAAAACUGAUAGCUAGGCAAUGUCACUGAGAAUGCUGUGAAAAAAAACUCAUUACUGUCAUCUAUGCUGACACUAGCAAGGCUGUCCAAGCUAGUUUGACUGAGGGAGCUGCAUGUUUUUGGAAAUAUGCACACUGUUGAGUGAGCAAGUGUCCAGCUGUUGAAAUAGUAAACUCAGUGGGAGAAGGCUGGAGGGGAAAAGGAAGGGAAUCCCUGUUCCUGUCUCAAUAAACAAUGAAAAAAAAAAAACCUUGUGGUUGACAUUUUCCUUUCUAGAGACAGUUAAUGUUAGAAUAUGGGUGGUUUUAUAUUUUUCCCCUUUAUGAUAUUUCUCAACUUCAUAAGUGAGAAUCCUGUCCAAAUAAUACUUCAUCAGUGCAUUUACUCCUCUGGGGGUGGAGGGAAUAAUUUGUCAGUGCUUUCAGUUUGCCCUGACCCUUCCUAGCAAACAAUGGAGAGGCUCUGGACUUAAAGGCAGUGACUUUGCUCUUCAGUUGGUCUACCUUUUUGAGACACUAAUUUUAUUUCAAUUAUUUGGUUUUGUAUUUGACUGUUUCUCUUAGGAGAACAUUUUGUUUCCUGCUCAGUUUGUAACUGGCUAGAAUGUUCCAAAGUCAGCAGUCUAGAGCCCUGGGUGAGGAGUUUGGGUCGUGCUUUAAGUCACUACCACUGCUCUUAGGGACAAAAAACCUUUAGAACUUGGAGUCCUGCCUGUCCCAUGCUGGAGAGCACAAGAACCUUGAUGAGAAUCCUACCAGAAUGCAAUUCUGCUUCUUGGAAAUUAAGAUGCAAUGGAUCAGCUUGAACAGAGGGUAAAUGAGUUUUUUAUGAAUGCAAAGAAAAACAAACCUGAAUGGAGAGAAGAGCAAAUGACAUCAAUCAAAAAAGAUUAUUAUAAGGCUUUGGAAGAUGCAGAUGAAAAAGUACAACUGGCUAAUCAAAUAUACGAUCUGGUAGACCGUCAUUUAAGAAAAUUGGACCAGGAACUCGCUAAAUUUAAAAUGGAACUUGAAGCAGAUAAUGCUGGAAUUACAGAAAUACUAGAGAGACGGUCACUGGAGCUGGAUACACCAGCACAGCCUGUGAAUAACCAUCACUCCCAUUCUCACACUCCAGUAGAGAAAAGGAAACACAAUCCAUCUUCUCACCAUAGUACAACAGAUCAUGUUCCUGAAAAGAAGUUUAAAUCUGAAGCCCUUUUAUCUACCCUGACUUCAGACGCUUCUAAAGAAAAUACACCAGGGUGUCGAAACAGUAAUUCAUCAUCCUCUUCAAACAAUGCAUACAAUACAAACUCUUCUCAACCAUUGGCAUCAUAUAACCUGGGCUCAUUAUCUUCAGGAUCCGGGGCCGGUGCAAUUACCAUGGCAGCAGCUCAAGCAGUGCAAGCCACGGCACAGAUGAAGGAGGGAAGACGAACAUCCAGUCUAAAAGCCAGCUAUGAAGCAUUUAAGAACAACGAUUUUCAGCUUGGAAGAGAAUUUUCAUUGUCCAGAGAUUCAGCUGGAUAUUCAUCAUCAGCUCUGGCAUCUACAUUAACUCAGACGUUAAGUUCAUCAACCACAGAUUCACGAAGUGGUAGAAAAAGCAAAAACAACAACAAAUCCUCAAGUCAGCAAUCCUCAUCAUCAUCAUCUUCUUCCUCUCUAUCAUCAUGUUCUUCUUCAUCUGCACUGGCACAAGAACUGUCUCAGCAAACAGCAGUAAUACCAGAGUCUGAUUCUAAUAGCCAGGUUGAUUGGACCUAUGAUCCCAAUGAGCCACGUUACUGUAUUUGUAAUCAGGUGUCCUAUGGUGAAAUGGUAGGCUGUGAUAACCAAGAUUGCCCUAUUGAGUGGUUCCACUAUGGAUGUGUUGGACUGACAGAAGCACCGAAAGGGAAAUGGUACUGUCCACAGUGUACAGCUGCAAUGAAGAGAAGAGGCAGUAGACAUAAAUAAGUUUCUUCAUCUGGAAAAAAAUUGCAUACUAAAGGUUUUAUAAAGGACUUGGGAGGAGAGGGGCAACUCUCACCACACUUCCUUGCAACCACUGAAGAGUAACAUAGCAAUCAUAGAAUGGUAUGGUUGGAAAGGACUGUAAAGAUCUUCUAGUUCCAGCCCCCAGUCAAAAGAUCUUGAACUAUUGGUUUUGCUAAGUCAUGUUUUAAAAUUGUAGGUAAAUUAUUUACGCACCUUGAUGUGCUACAGAUACUAUUCCAGUGAGCCUUGGAUUGUUCCAGUGGCCAACAUAUGCAGACAUUUGUACUAUCAAACCAUUUUCUCUAAGCAGUGGGCAUUCUACAAUUACUCAAUCUUCCAAAAAUUCCGGUAAGUCAAGAUUUUAAAUGUAUGUUUUAUAUACAACAGAUAUAUUCUGCUGCAUGUACUGUACUCAAGAGCUGUUACGUAACACUAUGUAUAUUAAUAGUGCAAAAAGUCAGUGCUUCUGAAAGGAAAAAGAGACAGUUUUUAAAAUGCCUUUAUAGCUUUGGUUCUUUAUGAAACUUAAUUCAGCAGGCUGAAGAAAAUGGUUCUUGUAUACAGCGGGCUGUUGUCCUUUAGGGUACUUGAGUAUGUAAAAACAAAAAUAAUGCUGUAGAAUAAAACAAACUUGUGCCAUUAGUCUUUAUAUGUUUCUGCUCCAGAGAAGGCGGGGGCCAUAAGAAGAAAAAAAGGUGUUAAAGUGAUGAUAAAUUUUUAUACCAAAUGUGUUUAUUUUUUUGUGCAAGUAAUCCUUUAAAUUUGAAUUGUAUUAGGUGUAAAAUAAAAGAAUCUCAACUCCUCA